AGCUGCACUUUUAAGGCUCGCUGAUCUACUUCCGGGUUUUACCAGCGAAUUAAAGGGGAAGUUGUUAGAACUACAAACUGGACAAAAGGAUCAACAUGAGCAUUCAGGAGCAGGACUCACCAGAGAAGAAAUACGAUCCACUUGACAAAACUCUGAAGUUCGUGAACAGGGGAGAUGACUUGGAUCCAGUGUCUUCUGAUUUUAAUUCUCUCAGAGCUGAAAUGUCUUGCGGCCAUGCGGUCACUCCUGACUCCCUGACCCAGUGGUGUCGCAGUCAGCUGGACGAGGGCAAUCAUAAAUUCAGAUGUCCUGCGGUGCUGGAGGGAACCAAGCUGUGCAACAAGCUGUGGUCGUACCAGGAGGUGCGCAGACUGGCUGACCUGAGUGUUGAUGAAAUGGAGUAUUUUGAGCAGAAGAUGGCCUCCCUGUCUGUUUCAGAGUACUGUGAGGUUCAGUCGUGUCCGAAAUGUAAAACCACCGUGGAGAGGAAGGACCUGUCCAACCUGUGUGUCCAGUGCGUCAUUUGUACCGCUGACCAGAAGAAGACCUUCCAGUUCUGCUGGCAGUGUCAGAAGGAGUGGAAAGGCUCGGGGCCUCGGUCGGAUCGCUGCAGCAACGACGGCUGCAUCAACAGGGACCUGCAGCUCCUGCAGACCUGCAAGGACGUCAGCCUGCCUGACGUGGAGGGCGUCACCAGCUGCCCCUCCGUCCGGGCCUGUCCCGUCUGCGGCUUGAAGGUGGAGCACAACCGGAUGUACUGUAAAAAUGUGACGUGUCCUCGCUGUCGCUUGAUGUUCUGCUUCGUUUGCCUGAAACCGAAGAGCGAGUGCUGCCAGAGCAGCUCGCCGUACCGGGUCUGUCCCGGCGGCGUGGCGCCGAGACAGACCCGCAUCCCCGUGUGGAAGAAGUGAUGGAGGACGGUUUGUCUGGUGGACAGUUUCACCAGAAAUAUACAGGACGAUUUCUGGAGUUUAGGAUAUCUUAAAAAUUAUUUCAUGCACAGAAAAUGUUUGUCAUUUGUGAAUAUUCAAGCGUUAAAACUGUAGUUAUAACUUGUCUAGAAGUAAAAUAUAUUUAGAAAUACUUUGUACUGAUUUUGUUCUUAAUCACAUUUCUAACUUCUGUGAUUAUUUUAUUUAGCACCUUGUGAAAGAAAGUAGCAUUUUGAGGAUCAACCAAGAUAGACACAUUUAUUAAGACAGAUGCUACCAACAGUGAUUCCAUCUUCAUCAAAAAAUGUUAUUGCAACAUUUUUUUUUUGUCAAAUAAAAUGACUUUUACUUGACGGAAG